AUGCCAGCAGAAGUGCAUGCUGCAACAACGCUUUCGGGACAGGCUGACGUUUACUCGUCGUCUGCGUCCAAGUCAGAUGAUUUCAACAUGCAAGCAACACCAGCGAAAGCAGCAGCCAUAGGUAGAAGCAGCGGAAAGCAAGGAAGCGCUUCUUGUGCUCCUGAAACCUCUGGAUGCUCACCAAGCAGCACAACGAGUCGCCAAGCUGACCACGAUCGAAAGCCUGACAGCGAAGCAAAGGUGCUCAAGGAGAGCGACAAGAGCAAAGACAAACAACGCGAGACUCGUCUGCCGGCAUGCGAAGCAUGCAGAACUCGCAAAGUCAAAUGCGAUGCGCUGCUACCGGCUUGUACGCCCUGUCAGAAGUCAGGCCGUGAGUGCUUUGGUCGCGACAAGGCGCCCAACGUUUCCCGCGGCCUCGUGUACGAGUUACAGCAGAAGGUAAAGGAUCUCGAGGGCCGACUUGCUCUGGCGUCAUCGGGGCUCGCUUUCAGUGGCUCGUCGAACGCCCAUGCUGAUGCUGGCAGCGACCAUGCCAGUGCGAGUGGCAGUCGAAGCUCUCGUUUUGAAAACCCUCCUGCAAAACGUCCAAGGCGUGGCCGAAACGGACGACCAAGCUUGAACAAUGACACACAAAGCGACGAAAGUGACGAGGGCUCGACAUCAUCAUCGUCAUCAGCAGCAGCAACAACAGCAUCAGAUAGCACGUCUUCCUCACCAAAUCCGACGGAUCCUUCGCCUAAUGACUUUAUCCAACAAACCAGCACGAUUCUCGAGAGUCUGUCCUCGGAUCUCGCUGGAUCUGCUCAUCGGCAUGCACAACAAACCUCGGACAAAUCUUCGACACAGAUGCUGGACAAUGACGAAGCUUGCGUGCUCGCAGCUCUUACUAGACAUCACAAAGAUCGCACAAAGUCGCCGCAUAGGCUCAAGCGCCGAUCGUCGUCCAAUGCGUCCAAGUAUCGAGACGAGGCGAGCUCGUACUUUUCGGCUUCGUCGUCGCGGCUCAAAGAUGCAUCGACGUCACAUCACUUGAAAUCGAGAUCGCGUCCAGGCCGCAUGGGAACCAUCUCGACGUACGAGCGUACGUUUUUCGAUCGACUCAUUGCAAGGUACCUCACCUACAUGAACACGUCGCUUUCCGUGAUCAACGAAGUGCGAAUGUGGGAGAUCGCAGCGAUGGUGUAUCAGGACGAUGAGCGAUCACGUAUGGGCGCGCUGUCCAUGGGAUCGCACAAUAGCAUGGCUCCGCCGCCACUACCGCCUUCGCCCGCGAUUGAUCGCAUGACGCUGUCGAGGCAUCGAUAUGUGGUUCUCAUGUCGUUGGCCAUCGCAUUGGCGUCUCUCGGCCGCUCACACAACUUCAGCCCCGAACUGCGUCGGCUCGGACAUCAAUACUGGGCGGAAGCGCAGGCGCUCUACCCCGUCGUGUUCCGGAUCAACGAUCUGGGCAAGUUGCGUGCUUCGUUGCUGCAGCUGCAGUACGCCCUUCUCGUGCCGACGUCUGGCAGCGUGUGGGAGCUGAGUGGUGCUGCGAUGCGGCUUGUCACAGAACUCAAUCUGCAAGUGGAUCGGGAAUACGAUACCGCCGCUAACGCGCCUUUCACGCAGGAAACCAUCGAUAUGCGCCGGAGAUUGUUCUGGACAACGUACUGUCUGGAUCGGAGCUUGGCAGUGGCGCUCGCACGACCUCCGGGUCUGUCGGAUGCUUGGAUUCAUGUUCAGCUGCCCAGCUUGGUGUCCGACGCUGAACUGGUGCGUUCACACAGCGAGGCAAGCGAUUCGAUACAGUCGGGCCAGGCGCGGACGGAUGCGCAGAAAGACAUCUUUCGUGCUCACAUCAACCUGCGACGCAUCCAGUCCGAAAUUCUGUGUCGGCUUCACAGUGUCAAUCCACGCGAUUAUUCGCUCGACAACGACGGUGUUCACGCUUGCCAAUCGCCUCGGGAUCGGCCGUCGCUUGCGUUGGUGAUGGAGGUAGGACCUCCGACGCCCAAUGUUGAGUGGCAGACACGCAUGAUGGAUAAGCUGGUCGAGUGGAGAUCCGAAUACGACCGUAUACGCUUCGCUACUCCUUGCGUCGAAAAACGUCAGCUGAACGAAGGUGUCAGCUCGACCGCUUCGCCGUUCAUCACACGCGACUGGAUCGACCUGAACCACAACCUGACCAUCUCGUUGCUCUUCCGUCCUUCGCCCAACAAUCCUCGUCCCGACUCGUUCGGUCUGCAACAAGCAUUCAUGGCGUCUGGCCGCGCCAUGAAGAUCUACAAGAGCAUGCAUCGUAGCUGCACGAUCAACUUUCCCUGGCUUGCCACGCAUCAUCUGUUCAUCUCGGGUCUGACGCAUCUCAAUGCCUUGGAGAAGCUGACGCGGACAGGCGUCGCGAGUCCAAGCCCGGUAGUGGAGGUGGUGUUCAAUGUGCAGAGUUGCGCUUCGACGUUGGAAGCGCUUACAACAAGGGAUGGUGGAUAUGGAACGAGGAUCAGAGAUACAUUUGAUGCUGCGGCUUCGGCAGUGUUGAGGUCGGUGCUGGAGCCUACAGGCGCUGGCAAGUCUGCGGACACGACGGCUGGAUCCGAGCUGGCAUCGUCGGUGGAAGAUCUCAUGCGCGGAUCGGCUGCGAGUUCGAUGGCAAGGCAUGUACAUGCAACUCUCGGCGAGACGAGACGUGCUUCGAGCCAUCAGGAAGCGCUGCUGCAUGUGGCGCAGCAACAGCACCAUCCCACAUGGCUGUCGGAUUCGACGUGGAACUCGAUCAACGCGCUCGAGGCUGCACCUCCUCCUGGGUCGACCAUCUUUGUCGCUGCUCCGCCGAGGACGGCGCGAUUCGGCACUCCUGGGCACAGCUUGGUGCCUACGCUGAGCGAACGCACAACGCAGACAACACGCAUGCAGGGCGCAGUGACCAACUCGACGUUAGGUGCACUUGAGCCUGGCGUCGCGCAUACCUCGCCGAGAGCAUUUGGCAUACACGCACCGUAUGCAUCUGGUCUCUCGACGAGUAUUCCAUUUGGCAACAGCGACGCUUUGCAUGUUGACAGCGGCGCGACGAGCUUGGUUGCGGACACGAAAUCGAAAGACAACGCCACACUUUGCACUGUUGAGACGGGCUCGGCAGAUCGGACCUCGACGUCAACGUUCGGGUUCCACAAUUGGCUCCUCCAGCCGUACGAAGGUGGAGCCGACGUUGGCGAGAUCAACGUCGCUCCUGGCGUCACUAGCACUGCGUUCGGCACUGCGGAAAACGCGUUGGCGUUCACUUCGUCGGCGUCGUCGUACGCCGGUGUGCUCCCGUUUUCGUCCGUCUACCCCGACACAGAUGCCGUGGCGGGACAGCAGCCUAGGCCGACUACGGGAGACGCAGAAAAGAUGACGCACACCGAAGCUUUGGCUUGGCUGGAUAUCCUGUCCAUGAUGCCGCCCACGGCUGCGCCCGCGGCUGCGGGCGCCAAGGCGUCGCCCAGUGCCGGCACACGCCGUGCCAAACGAUGA